UGCAAGGCCUUGCAGGAGUGUUGUGAACGUGUAUGGCAGGUCAUAAAAAUGGUUGGAAACAUUUAUGCUGCUACAGCAGUGGGCAUACUACUUUUAACUGCCAUUCUGGUCAUUGUAACUGAGAAGCAAGUCUACGUAAUGCACUUUUUCAUACCCGGCCUGGAUGUUGGAACGCAAUUUGGCUAUUUGGCUACAAUGGCGGUGCAUACAGUGGUUUUUCUAGCUGGCAUUUUCGGUCUAUUUGCUGGCGAUUUAUUUUUUCUUAUAUAUUUGGGACAACCGGAAUUAUUUCGUGACUUUUUGGUGCUGAAAGUCAAAGCACUAAAUGAGGCUGCUGCUGAAAAAAGUAAAACGGCUGAAAAGCUAUUAGUCGAUAUUAUUGAAUGGCAUCAAUACUAUACAGACUACAAUGAGCGUUGUAACUAUGUAUUCUACUACAUAAUAACUAUGCAAAUCGUUACAUCGGGCAUCUCAAUUAUUUGUACUCUUUAUAUUCUACUUUUGGGCGAUUGGCCUGGUGCAUACCUGUACAUUUUGGUAGCAUUUUGUGGACUUUAUCUAUACUGUAUUAUUGGCACGAAAAUCGAAACUUGUAAUCAUGCAUUUUAUGAGGAACUUUACAAUAUCAAUUGGUACGACUUGGAAGUGAAAAAUCAGAAAAUGAUUAUAUUCAUAUUGAUGAGGUCACAAAAUCCUAGUGAAAUUAAAAUUGGUGGCGUCCUGCCGCUCUCUGUGCAAACAGCACUUUCGAUAACAAAAUCAAUUUAUGGAAUAUUUACAAUGAUGUUGGGUUUUUUGGAUGAAGAACAGUGA